CUAAAUUCGACUCUUUCUUCUUUCUCUCAUCGCUCAUCUAUCGCUCUUUCUCUCUCCUCUCUCUCUAAAAGUCGCCGUAGCUCAAUUAUCCGGCGAUUUUUGCGGAUAUUUAUAGAAUUUUUGUCACUGUUCGUGUUUUCUAUUUCUGUUACUUUUCGAGAAAUCCUGGGGUUUUCAGUGCAGAGAGAGUCGGGAUAAUUGAUUAUUUGUUCAAUUGAUGCCAUAAUCUUCAAGAGCUAGCUGCGUUUGAUCGAAAUUGAAGAUGUCUGGGCCUUUGGAUCGAUUCGCCAGGCCUUGCUUUGAGGGUUCUUCUGGUAACGACGAGAGAAGAGAAAGAAAGUCUGACUUUGAAAAUUCUGAGGAUGAAAGGAAGACGAGAAUGGGCUCCUUAAAAAAGAAAGCACUCAACGCAUCUUCUAAGUUUAAGCAUUCUCUCAAGAAGAAGAGCAGUAGAAGAAAGAGUGAUGGCAGAGUCAGUUCUGUUUCAAUUGAAGAUAUCCGGGAUGCGGAGGAACUACAAGCGGUUGAGUCAUUUAGACAAGCCUUGAUAUUGGAUGAGUUGCUACCAGAGAAGUUUGAUGAUUACCAUAUGAUGCUUAGGUUUCUGAAAGCAAGGAAAUUUGAUAUUGAAAAGUCCAAGCAAAUGUGGGCUGACAUGAUACAGUGGAGGAAAGAUUUUGGUGUUGACACUAUUGCUGAGGAUUUUGAUUUUCAAGAGGUGAAUGAAGUACUGAAGUAUUAUCCCCAUGGAUAUCAUGGAGUUGACAAAGAGGGACGGCCUAUAUACAUUGAGAGGCUAGGGAAAGUUGAUCCAAACAAACUUAUGCAAGUGACCACGAUGGACCGUUACAUAAGAUACCAUGUGAAAGAAUUUGAAAGAAGCUUUGCCAUUAAGUUUCCAGCUUGCACCAUUGCUGCCAAACGGCACAUUGACUCUAGCACAACAAUUUUGGAUGUUCAGGGUGUGGGUUUGAAAAACUUUACCAAGAGUGCAAGGGACCUCAUUACACGACUCCAGAAGAUUGAUGGGGACAAUUAUCCUGAAACUCUACACCAAAUGUUUAUCAUCAAUGCUGGUCCUGGUUUUAGGCUGCUUUGGAAUACUGUAAAGAAUUUCAUCGAUCCCAGGACUGCCACAAAGAUUCAUGUUCUAGGAAAUAAAUACCUUAACAAGUUGCUUGAAAUCAUAGAUGCAAGUCAACUGCCUGAUUUCUUGGGAGGAACAUGUACUAGCUGUGCAGAUCAAGGGGGUUGCUUGCGCUCUGAUAAUGGCCCGUGGAAAAAUCCUGAGAUUUUGAAGAUGGUGCUUAAUGGUGAAGCACGACGUGCCAGGCAGGUUGUGAAAAUCAUCAAUAGUGAUGGCAAGGUAGUAUACGCAAAGCCGCAAUACUCCAUGCAGUUAAAAGGCAGUGAUACUUCAACGGCAGAGUCUGGAUCUGAAGCUGAAGAUAUAGCUUCACCAAAAGCCACUAGGAGUUACUCACACCUUCGUUUGACUCCAGUCCGUGAGGAGGCCAAGGCUAUUGGAACAGCUGGGUAUGCUGGUCAGUUCCCAGGUUAUGACGAAUAUGUUCCCAUGGUAGACAAGGCUGUUGAUUCUGGGUGGAAGAAAUCCCCUCAAAAGCUUUAUGUUCCAAAAGAGAUAAAAGCACCUGAAAACUCUCAAAAGGUGCCAGAAGGUGUUCGUGCUCGUCUUGUGGCAACUCUUAUGGCUUUCUUUAUGACACUUUUCAUGUUCUUCCGCUCAAUAUCAUCACGUGUUACCAAGAAACUUCCGGAUGCAUCACCCAAUGAGCAACCCACUCAGGAAUUCUCUUUUGAUGCUAUUGCAAAGGAGGAAUUUAGGCCACCAUCUCCUACCCCAUCGUUUACAGAGGCAGAACUCUUGUCAACUGUUGUUAAGAGAUUGGGUGAGCUCGAAGAGAAAGUCAUCACUCUUGAAGCAAAACCGUCUGAGAUGCCAUACGAGAAAGAAGAACUGCUGAAUGCUGCUGUUUACCGUGUGGAUGCCCUAGAAGCAGAGUUAAUCGCAACCAAAAAGGCUCUGUAUGAGGCUUUGAUGAAACAAGAAGAACUGCUUGCUUAUAUAGACAGUCAAGAAGAUGCCAAAUUCCGGAAAAAGAAGUUUUGCUGGUAAGCUGCAUCAUUUUGGAGAUUUGAUGGUUGAGUCUGUCUUCGGCUGAAAUCAAGAUGCUCACCACUACCACAUUACCUUGAUGCUUUUGAGUUGUGAUUGAAGAUGUGUAUAUUUCGUGUAUGACGCAUACCUUUGUGUAACACACACCUAACAUAUAUAUACUUAUAUAUUGAUCUAAAACUUCUUUUU